AUGCCAUUGCAUACAUUCGCACUUGGUGCGGCACUGACGCCUACAGUGUUGCAUACUCUGAUCAGCCAUUACCUGCACCGCAAAUCGCUACACAACAAACCAACAGUUCAUAUCACCUACGACGAGGGCAUCCAGAUCGUGCGCCAAUUCCUGUACUAUGCGUCUAAGCAUCCUGUCGAAGACCUCCAAGCAUUUACCCGGCAAUGGGUGCCCAGCCCACAUUGGGUGAGAACCGAGACCAUUACAAUCCCCGAUGAGUUCCUGUCGUCUGCUGGAGAUGCAAUUGUCAAGCAGCUGGGCCAGAAAGGUGUCACAAGAGUUGGGGGAGAGAAAUGGUGGCAAUGGCGUGGGCCAUCUGAAGAGUUGAAGGGAGAAUGGAUUGAGAUGCGCAACCACUACAAUGAGACAAAGAAAGCCAACCAGCGCUCCAAUCGAGUGAUGCUGUAUAUCCAUGGCGGUGCUUACUUUUUUGGAAGUGUCGACACACAUCGGUAUAUGAUGCAGCGCCAUGCGCGCAAGCUUAAGGGACGUGUGUUUGCGCCGGACUAUCGCCUCUCACCGCAGUUCCCAUUCCCAUGUGGACUGCAAGACUCAAUGGCUGCCUACCUAUGGCUGCUCAAGUCAUAUGAGCCCAACGAAAUCAUUUUGGCUGGUGACUCUGCGGGCGGAGGCAUGGCCCUCUCAAUGCUGGUCAUUAUGCGAGACCAAGGCAUUCCUCUGCCCGCAGGCGCUAUCUUGAUCUCGCCCUGGGUUGAUUUGACGCACUCUUUUCCGAGUAUUGUUAAGCACAAUCCAGGUGAUUAUAUCCCUCCAUGGGGUUUCCGUCACAAACCAUCAACCGCCUGGCCUCCUCCCAACGCCGAUGAUAUUCUGAAGAUGAAGAAAAUGUCGCAGCAACCAACGGUCACUGCCGAGGAUGUCAAGAAAGCAAUCCCUGCACCGAAUAGCGCGGCAGAAGAGACAGCUGUUCGUGGAUAUACUGUUCAUGAAAACUCCCCUCCUCGUACCGAACUUGCCUACCCUGGUCAACAACAGGGCCAGGAUCCUGCUACCCUGCAGGCUGAACCUGACAACAUACACGUUUUGUUGGAUGGGAAGACCAUUGAACUAAAGGAUCAAAUCCAAAUGUACACGACAAAUCAACUCAUCUCCCACCCUCUUGUUUCACCUGUCCUGCAACCCUCACUCGGUGGCCUUCCUCCUCUUCAGAUCAUUAGCGGCGGCGGUGAGAUGCUUCGUGAUGAGCAGUUCUACGUGGCCCACAAAGCAGCCAACCCGACAGCAUAUCCACCCAGUGAUGUGUAUUUGGACGAGAAUGACCCAACCCGCGAGACCUUGAAUAAGUACGCACCGACCUAUGUACAGCUUCAGGUGUGGGACCAUCUUUGCCAUGUGGCUCCCACUCUCAGCUUCACACAGCCAGCCAAGUACAUGUUCCGAUCUAUCUCUCAGUUCGGUUCUUGGGCUUUGGCUCGUGCGCAGAAGGCAGACGUUGAUAUUAUAGACGACUCUGUCCUGAUGCCCCUCACGUCUUGUAGCUCUAGCAGUUCUGAGGAAGGCUUCUCAGGAUCCCAAGCCGAGACCAACAAAUCAGCUCCGAAAGAAAGACCUGCGUCCGUCGGCAAAGCCGGAGAUCCUCUACCAGCAUUCCAUCAACACAUGAUUCGCCAACGUGUCAAUAAACAUGGACACAUUUUCCCACUUGAUCCUCCGUCUUCAUAUCCGGUACUAGAAAUCCCGCCCGCUCACAUUGGCGCGAUCAAUCCUGAACUCAUUCGAAAGUGGCUGGCAGCAAAGCAAGAAUGGGAUAUUAAAUUUUCCAAGGAGAAGCUCCGGGUCCAACGCCGCCGCAUGAAGGAAUUGGCUCAUGGGUUCCAAGACUUCAAUGGUGAAUGCCCGCCUGCAAGCUCUCUAGCGGCUCGACGUGCUGCUCCCGGCGUGCUACCAAAGCGUCAUGCCAAGAAGAACUAUGGUAUGAUGCUUUGGAGUGGCUGGGGAAGCAAGCAUGACGAGCGCACAAUGGAAAAGGAACGGCAGGCUACCCAAUCUGGCCGGCCUUCGACCCGUCCCAGUGUUGACGCUGGCCAGGCUGGAGCUUGGUCUAGCACACCGUCAAAGAACCCUCAAGGCGAAACUCCCGCGGAUCACGACCUUACCAAAGAGAAAUCACACGCCACCGGUCCUACUUCCGUCACUUGGGAUGAGAAGGAACAUCCCAAUAAUAAUACGGCCGACUCUUUUACAGGUCGUAUGUCCACUGAACCCGAUUCAGCCUCCCGUCCUCUAUCAGAGAAAAGUGGUCCAAUUCUCAUACUACCUGAGGUGGAUAACCGCAAAUUCACCGAUGAAAACGCAAGCACUAGAGCUCUCUUCCAUGCGGCAGGCACUAUCCCUAUGAAGUCCGAUAUCUCCUUGUCUAACAGUAGAUAUCGGCCAGGGUCCGCUGCGGGCUCGGUUACCGGUCGCAGCGAGAUGGUGUCUGACACAGCUAGUACUGUUGGUGGCGACAAGGACUCCGUUGCUCGUAUGAAUAUGGCGUCUGAUAGUGCUAGCAACCGUGCUGUACUGGGUGCGAAAGGUGUCAUCCCGUUGAUGGCGAGCGAGAAUGGUCGAAUGUCUACUGAUACACUUUCGGUUUUCUCUGCUGCUGGUCGUGAUUCGACUUCCCAGCGUCCCGACAUGCCUGAUAGAGAGGUUUUCAAGACAGCUGAGGAAGGCCUAUAG